AUGGACGGCUACGAGACUCACGCGGCAGAUGGUGAGAAUGGAGAUGUUGAAGUAUCAGAUGAGGAGGAGGACGGCAGUUCAGAGUCGGAGGGGGAGAGAGAAGAGCAGCCAAUGGAUGCGGGUGCUGGUGUCCAACAGGCUGUCCCAUCAGUACUCCGUGAAAUAUUUGGGGAGGCAUUUAACGGACUUAAUCAAUCAGGAAACAACGGAAACAUGCGCUCGGGGGGUGUGGGAUUAUCAAUUCCAACAGCAGCAGAGAUUGGAGGAUUAGGGGAGAUGGGAGGAGCAUCCGAGAGUGGAGGAUUGGACGAGCGGGGAGGAGCAGGCGACAGCGGGGCGGGGAGGGGAGGAGAAGAGAGCGGGGCAGGGAGGGGAGGAGCAGCCGAGAACGCGGCGGGUAGGGGAGGAGCAGCAGGGAGCGAGGCGGGGAGGGGAGGAGCAGUCGAGAGUGGGGUAGAGAGGGGAGGAGAAGAGAGCGGGGCAGGGAGGGGAGGAGCAGCCGAGAACGCGGCGGGUAGGGGAGGAGCAGCAGGGAGCGAGGCGGGGAAGGGAGGAGCAGUCGAGAGUGGGGUAGAGAGGGGAGGAGAAGAGAGCGGGGCAGGGAGGGGAGGAGCAGCCGAGAACGCGGCGGGUAGGGGAGGAGCAGCAGGGAGCGAGGCGGGGAGGGGAGGAGCAGUCGAGAGUGGGGUAGAGAGGGGAGGAGCAGCAGGGAGUGGGGCGGGUAGGAGAGGAGCAGCAGGGAUCGGGGCAGGGUUGGGAGGAGCAUCAGCAGGGACAGGGAGGGAAGGAGCAGCAGGGAGCGAGGCAGAGAGGGGAGGAGCAGUCGAGAAUGGGGUAGGGAGGGGAGGAGCAGCAGGGAGCGAGGCGGGGAGGGGAGGAGCAGUCGAGAGUGGGGUAGAGAGGGGAGGAGCAGCAGGGAGUGGGGCGGGUAGGAGAGGAGCAGCAGGGAUCGGGGCAGGGUGGGGAGGAGCAUCAGCAGGGACAGGGAGGGAAGGAGCAGCAGGGAGCGAGGCAGAGAGGGGAGGAGCAGUCGAGAAUGGGGUAGGGAGGGGAGGAGCAGCAGGGAGCGGGGCGGGGAGGGGAGGAGCAGUCGAGAGUGGGGUAGCGAGGGGAGGAGCAGCAGGGAGCGGGGCGGGUAGGAGAGGAGCAGCCACAAGUGGGGUAGGGAGGGGAGGAGCAGCAGGGAGCGGGGUGGGUAGGAGAGGAGCAGCCACAAGUGGGGUAGGGAGGGGAGGAGCAGCAGGGAGCGGGGCGGGUAGGAGAGGAGCAGCCACAAGUGGGGUAGGGAGGGGAGGAGCAGUAGGGAGCGGGGUGGGUAGGAGAGGAUCAGCAGGGAUCGGGGCAGGGAGGGGAGGAGCAGAGAGCGGGGCAGGGAGGGGAGGAGCAGAGAGCGGGGCCGGAAGGGGAGGAGCAGCAGCAAGUGGGGCGGGGAGGGGAGGUGCAGGAUGGAGUGGUGGAGUGGCGGGUGAGAUGGGAAUUGACCACAACAACCCCACACCUGGUGACGCCUCGCAAAACAAUGGUGACAACGUGGUUCGUUUUAGACUGAGCGGCUGUGGUGGAGGAGGCGGACUCAGAGGCAACGGGCCAUACAGACCAGACCCCAGUCCCUGA